AGACAACGGAGGAGCGGGGAUACACCGUUCAGGGCGCGGCCUGAUGAGCUCGGCCCGGGGCGGCAGAUAGCCCUUCCCUUCUUAUACCGUGUGUUUGGGCUCGGCUUUUCCCUCCCGACAUGACGUCCCUGACCCAGCGCAGCUCCGGGCUGGUACAGCGCCGCACCGAGGCCUCCCGAAGCGACAGGGAGAGGGCAGCUGAGGGGGAGGAAGAGGAGAGGGACCGGGAUGGGCAGGAGGAAGACGAGCGGGGAGGGGAUAAGGAGGCCAGGCUCACACUGAUGGAAGAGGUGCUUCUCCUGGGCCUGAAGGACAGAGAGGGGUACACAUCCUUUUGGAAUGAUUGCAUCUCGGCAGGCUUACGUGGCUGCAUGCUUAUUGAGCUGGCAUUUAGGGGGAGGAUCGCUCUGGAAUCGGGUGGUAUGCGGCGCAAAAGUCUGCUUGCACGAAAGGUUACCUUCAAAUCCGAUGCUCCAACAGGAGAUGUUAUGCUUGAUGAAGCCUUAAAACACAUAAAGGAAAGUCCAACUCCAGAAACUGUACAAAGCUGGAUUGAACUUCUCAGCGGUGAAACCUGGAAUCCGCUAAAGCUGCACUUCCAGCUAAGAAACGUGCGCGAGCGCCUAGCGAAAAAUCUGGUGGAAAAGGGGGUGUUAACCACGGAGAAACAAAACUUUCUGCUGUUUGACAUGACCACACACCCCCUGACAAACAAUAACAUCAAGCAGCGGUUGAUUAAGAAGGUGCAGGAAGCUGUUCUUGACAAGUGGGUGAAAGAUCCUCAUCGCAUGGAGAGACGUUUGUUGGCUCUCAUCUACCUAGCCCACUCUUCCGACGUCAUCGAGAACGCAUUCGCCCCGCUUCUGGACGACCAGUACGACUUGGCCAUGAAAAGAGUACGGCAGCUGCUGGAUCUAGACCCGGAAGUGGAAAGUACGAAGCCCAACGCUAACGAGAUCCUCUGGGCCGUCGUAGCCACAUUCACAAAAUAAAACAAAAAAACCCA